UGUUCCUCCUCCUUCUGGCCCGCCGGCCCAGCAACCAUCAGUCCCAACAUCAUAGCUAGAAGGUCGAAGGGAGGACGGGGCGGUGGGAGUUGUUUAGGUGCAGUUUAUGAGCGGUUUGGGUCUGUAAGCAGGUACUCGCCGCGGAGAGCCGUCUCGGGGGAGUGACUCGGAGCUAUUGACCGCGCCGUCCUCGCCCGCUUUUGUUUAGUGCUGUUAAUUUAGCCUGGCAGCCAUGGCUAUGGUAGGACUGAGAGCCUCCUACCACAGGGUGCUGGACAGGAUCGAGCAUAUCCUGCCCGCCAAACUGAGACCUCUCUACAACCACCCAGCAGGUCCCAAGACUGUUUUCUUCUGGGCUCCUAUGUUUAAAUGGGGUCUGGUGAUGGCUGGCUUAGCAGAUAUGACCAGACCGGCAGAAAAGCUUAGCAUGUCCCAGUCUGCAGUACUGACUGCCACAGGUCUUAUAUGGUCCAGGUAUUCCCUGGUCAUCAUACCUAAAAACUGGAAUCUCUUUGCUGUCAACUUCUUUGUGGGAGGUGCAGGUGGAUCUCAGCUCUUCCGGAUAUGGCAGUACAAACAAGAUCAGAAGGCAAAGGAGAAGGCUGUGGAGGCUUGAAAACAUCAUUAGCACAUCAUUGUCAUCCAAUGGGUCGAAAGGGAGUCCAAAAAAAAGUGUAAAGUCCACAAAACUCCCUCCCUCCUCUUUUUUAAUGAUCAUCAUAUGUCCACCUCAUUGUUUCAUGCCAGCAUUUUAAUCCCUUAAUUAAUGUUGUCAUGAAGAUAGUUGUCAUCAGCGCACAAAAUCUUACAAGUGAUUCUCAUUUUCUGUCAAAUAUUCUGUAAAGAAAUGAUUGUUGGGAAAGAGAUGCUUUUCAGGGUACAGAGUUGCCAACACAGUACUUACUUUAGACGCCACAGCUCAUCUAAUACUGUUCAAGGAAUGUCUCUAAACACAAACUAUUUCUUAGGAAAUAUUUAUUAAACACUUGUAGACAUUUGUAUUUUUAGUUUUUUUUAGAUUUUGUGUUUUUACAAAGUCCUCUUUGUAGUAGCACUGGGCAUCCAGAUCCUAAUGCAAUUUUUCAACACUCAUCACUUUUGACAUCAACAUGGUCAUACUGGAGUCAUCUUACUUUGAAAAAAAAAAAAAAUAAAGCGACUAAUGGACAA